CGCCAGUCCGCAGCCUCCACCGAAGCGCGCUGAAUCUGUUUAAAGGUCCCAUUAUGUAUCCAGCUAAUACGGUCACGCUGCGGCGCGUUGCAUAGUCGUCCGUCGAAGUGGUCAGCGUUCAACAACGCGUAGCGCUCGCCACGAUGCCUUAUUAGCAAAACAAACACGCAGAAGAACGAGCACCAGGUGCGCGCGCGAGAUGUCCAGCCGAAAUCCGACCACGCUGAUGACGAUACCUGCGGAGGAGGCGUUCGACUUCUUGUUUAAGAUUGUGCUUAUCGGAGACUGCGGCACAGGGAAGACGUGCGUUGUGCAGCGCUUCAAAAACGGCACGUUUAUUGAGCGUCACGGGAAUACUAUCGGUGUGGACUUUUCUAUGAAGACCGUCGUUGUAGAUGGCAAGAAAGUUAAACUGCAAAUUUGGGACACAGCAGGCCAAGAAAGAUUCCGCACCAUAACGCAAAGUUAUUACCGCUCCGCAAACGGUGUUAUCAUAGUGUAUGACAUCACAAAACGUUCGUCCUUCCUGUCCGUCACCAAGUGGAUGGAGGAAGUCCGACGGUACUCAGGCAGCGCUGUGAUUGUCGCGCUCAUCGGAAAUAAAGCGGACGCCGAAUCUCUGCGCGAAGUCGAAUUUGAAGAGGCCGAAGCGAUGUGCCAGUACAUGCCCGAGGUGCUCUUCGUGUUAGAAACCAGUGCUAAAGAGAAUUGCAACAUUGAGGAUGCUUUUCUGUGUUUGGCCACUGAACUAAAGAGGCGGCACGAAGCUGGCCAUCUGCUGAUGGACGAUGAAGAUACAGUGCGUCUGGGUGAAAGCCGCUCGAUAUCAAAAUGCACAAUGUGUUCAACUAACACAUAGCGAAAAUUAGCAUCGUACAUAAUUCAUUUGCUUUUAUCUUCAACUUUGUUUUGUUUUUUAUGUUGUUUUUGCAAGCGUUUGCAUCCAAAGAUUCUCAUUAUUUAUUUACCCAAGUCUUCAAAUGCAGCCAAAUGUACUGACUGCGGACGAAUGUGCCUUGAAAAUUUCAACUGUAACUAAACGCAUGAAUCAUACAUACACACGAAUAUGACAAUCUCACCCACGCCCCACUAACAAGCCAACAAACCGACUCAUCUCGAACGCUUUAAUUAAUUUAAUUAUAACUUAGUUAGCAUAGCAAUAUACCAGCAAUAAACGCGUCGUUGAUUAAGUAAUCAACAACCAAAUGGCAAUAAGGCAAUGCAAUACUCACGAUUAGUUAUUUAUUAAUUAAAUGUUUAUUUUUACGCGUAUCGUACUUGCCGGCCAUGCCAAUGUUUAUCACGGAGUGUACUUGAUUUAGUAUUAAUAGCUUAUUAAAAAAAAGAGAAGUUUAAUUAUUUAAUAAUUAAUUUACAUUUAACGCAAAUUUCGAUGUGUGGAAAGUGUCGGGGAAAUUAUUUUUGUAGCCGAUUACACUUACUUGUAAGACAAUUAUUUUCGUACAAUGGAAAACAUGAAGAGUCACGACACAGAUAUAUGAAAAUAUCGCAAGGGUGUAAAAUUAAUUCUUAAUUACUCAUCAAGUCGAUAAUUGUAUUCUCCAUAAACCACCGCAUCUGUAAAAAUCGAAUAAUAAAACAAUUUAACUGCCUAGAAGAUAAGAA